AUGAGGCAGUUUAGUGUGAUUACAAGUCCGACGCGCGACAGUUCCGCCCUCUCACACUACGACCCUGCCGGACCCCUUCCCACAGCCUCACCUCGACUCGCUGCCCGAUCGCACAUCCUUGCUACAACGUUUCCGCACCAGCCGCUGCAGCCGCACUUGAGCUCGCGAACGAUUGCUCCCCAUUGCCCCUCCCCGCCUCCCCGUUACCCCUUCCCGCUUCCCAUUACCCCUUCCCGCCUCCACGUUUCCCCUUCCCGCUUCCCCAUUACCCCUUCCCGCAUCCCCGUUACCCCUUCCCGCUUCCUCAUUACCCUUUCCCGCCUCCCCGUUUCCCCUUCCCGCUUCCCCAUUACCCCUUCCCGCCUCCCCGUUUCCCCUUCCCGCUCCCCGUUUCCCCUUCCCGCCUCCCUGUUUCCCCUUCGCGCCUCCCCGUUUCCCCUUUCUGCUCCACAUUACCCCUUCCCGCCUCCCUGUUUCCCAUUCCCGCUCCCCAUUACCCCUCGCGCCUCCCCAUUUCCCCUUCCCGCUCCCCAAUACCCCUUCCCGCCACCCCACUUCCCCUUCUCGCUCCCUGUUACCCCUUCCCGCCUCCCCGUUUCCCCUCCCGCUCCCCGUUUCCCCUUCCCGCCUUCUCGUUUUCCUCUUCCCGCCUCCCUGUUUCCCCUUUCCGCUCCACAUUACCCCUUCCCCCCUCCCUGUUUCCCCUUCCCGCUCUCAAUUACCCCUCCCGCCUCCCCAUUUCCCCUUCCCGCUCCCCGUUUCCCCUUCGCGCCUCCCCAAUUCCCCUUCCCGCCACCCCAUUUCCCCUUCUCCCUCCCUAUUACCCCUUCUUGCCUCCCCGUUUUCCCUCCGGCUUCCCGUUUCCCCUUCCAGCCUUACCAUUUUCCCCUUCCCGCCUUCCCGUUUUCCCCUUCCCGCCUCACCGUUUCCCCUUCCCGCCUCCCCGUUUCCCCUUCCCGCCUACCCGUUUCCCUUCCCCGCUCCCCGUUUACCCUUCUUCCCCUGUUGUAA